AUGAACAAUGAUAUUGAAAUUGAAGAAUUCGACAAAACAAACUUUGUCAAUUCAAUAUUACAAUUUAUAAAGAAUUCAAGCGAAGGCAUCCAAAAUGAAGCAUUAAAUGAUAAUGAUGAUAACGAUCAAAUUGAUGAAGACACAACUUCUAAAAAACCACUAUCACAUGAAGAAAUUCUUCAAGAAAUAGAAGAGCAAUAUUUAAUAUCAAAAACCUCUUUUCCAACUUCAUGGUUAUGCAAGUUUCAACAACAGUCUUUUGAUUGUGAUUCUUCUGGCUUAUUAUCACUUGCCCCAUUAGAACCAUCAAAACCUCGAAUAAAUCUUGAAAUCUUACGAGAUGGUCCUGAUGGAUUAGUAACUGGUUAUAAAGAACUUGCAUUAUCUAAUUCUGGUUUAACUUCGAAAAAUUCGACAUCAUUAUUACGUGAACCAGGCAAAUUAGAUGAUUUUGUAAAAGGAAAUUCAAACCAAAUACCUUUUGCUCCAGGUGGAUUUGAAGAAGUUUUGAUGGAUAAAGUUGAUAAUAUUGUUGAUAAUUUUUUCAACGUUUUGAAAUUUGAAGAUGAUGAAAUUCAGACAAUAAUUCCUGGAUUUAAACGUGGAUUACUGUUUGAUGAUGAUGAUGAAACCAAAUGGGUGCCUUACAAAAAAUUAAUUGGUCUAAAUAUUACUGACUUAAUUACUCAUGAUGAUGAUGAACUAUCUGGAUUCGGGUAUUACUCUGGAUUCGAAGAUGGAGAUCACUCUAAAAUCAGAGAUUACCAUGAUUCACAAUCAUCAAAAGAGAUUAUUAAAGCAAGUAAAUAUAUUACUAACGACUCAAAGAAACGUGAAUGGGCACAUGUUGUUAAUUUAGAUGAUGAGUUACUUAAUUUUAAAGAAUUGAUACCAGAGUUGGCAUAUAAAUAUGAAUUUGAAUUGGAUCCUUUUCAAAAACAAGCGGUAUAUCAUUUAGAAAGUGGCAAUUCUGUGUUUGUUGCAGCUCAUACAUCUGCAGGAAAAACUGCUGUGGCAGAAGGAUCCGAUUUAAUUAGGGAUGUUGAAUUUGUAAUUUUUGAUGAAGUUCAUUAUGUUAAUGAUUCAGAAAGAGGAGUAGUUUGGGAAGAGGUUAUAAUUAUGUUACCUGGUCAUGUGAAAUUUGUUCUUUUAUCAGCAACUGUUCCCAACACAAAAGAAUUUGCUGACUGGAUUGGACGAACAAAGAAAAAGGAUAUAUAUGUUAUUAGCACACUAAAACGACCAGUUCCACUUGAACAUUUUCUAUAUGCAAAAAAACAAAUUUAUAAAAUAGUUAAUGCUGAUCGAAGAUUUCUUAAAGAAGGAUAUAAAUUAGCAAAUGAAGCAUUAACCAAAAAAGAUAAAGAGGUAAAAACAAAAGUAAGCACUCGUGGAGGUCAUGGAUCAUCAUCUCGCGGUGGAAAAGGAAAAACUGAUAAAGAGUUACCACAAAUUUUAAGAAUGAGAGAUUUAUUAAGUAGAGGAAUUGCUGUGCAUCAUGGUGGUUUAUUGCCAGUUAUCAAAGAGAUGGUAGAAAUUUUAUUUUCAAAAGGACUUGUCAAGGUUUUAUUUGCGACAGAAACUUUUGCUAUGGGUGUAAACAUGCCAACAAAGACCGUUGUAUUCUCUGGAAUAAGAAAACAUGAUGGAAAAGAAUUUAGACAAUUGAUUCCUGGUGAAUAUAUUCAAAUGUCCGGCCGUGCUGGCCGUCGUUCAUUCGACAAAACAGGUACUGUGAUUAUAGUACCGUCAGGAAAUGAAUUUCCUAGUGAAUCUCAACUUAAUGCAAUGAUUUUAGGAACACCAACUAAAUUAAAAUCCCAAUUUCGUCUUACAUACAACAUGAUUCUCAAUUUAUUAAGAGUUGAAUCAUUUGAAGUUGAAGAUAUGAUUAAACGUAGUUUUUCGGAAAAUACGAGUCAAAAAACAUUACCAGAUAAAGAGCGAGAAUUUGCAGAAAGAGAAAAGAUUCUCAAGGCCACAAAAACACUCGAAUGUACAAUAUGCAAUCAUGAUAUAAAAGAAUUUUAUAAUAUUUCAGCCAAUAUUCUUGAUUUGAAUCGAAAAAUCAUUACAAAACUGGCAGAUACAAAAGCAUUAAGUCAAGGGAGAAUCAUUGUUGUUAAUAAUAUUGCUUAUGGAAAUGUAUUUGCUGUUAUAUUAAACCCUUCCUUUGAAGUUUUAAUGUUUUUGGAUAAAUCCAGUAAAGAUACUAUUAAUUCAAAAAAAUCAACAAUAAUUCCUAUAACCAAUAUAACAAUUCCUGAUCAGAGUUCUUAUACAUAUGCUCGUCAAUUCAUUUCAAUUACCAAUAUUGUAACUGUCACAAAAUUCACAUUUAAAUUCGAUGACCUAACUGAUGUGACUAAAUUAGCUCAACAAUUACUUUGUCACGCGUUAGAUAUGAAAAAAAAUGAUUGGUCAAAAAUCAGGAUGUUUGAAUUUCGAUUGAACUUAGAUGAGAAAGCUCAGCUUAUGAAUAAAAUAGAUUCAUUCCAAUGUAUAAAAUGCCCGGAAUUAAAUGAACAUUAUGGUCUUAUACAUGAAAUAAUGUCAUUAGGAAAGAAACUCGAUGAAUUGCUUCAUACAAUAACUGGUGAAAAUUUGGAAUUAAUGCCAGAGUAUGAACAAAGAAUAGAAGUUCUUAAAUCUUUAAAAUAUAUUGAUGAAAAAACUUCAGUGGUUCAAUUGAGAGGUCAAAUUGCUUGUAAGAUUGUUAAAAAAGCAGACAAUGAAUCUGAAUAUGACCCAGCUGAAAUCGUUGCAUUAUUAUCAUCAAGAAAAAAUGCUAGUGAACUGACUUUAACUCCAAACUUAGAAAAAGGUGUUGCAGAAAUAAAAAAAGUUGCGAAGUAUGUUGGAGAGGUUCAAAGAAACAAAGAAGUUGAUAUUCAAGUAGGUGAUUAUGUUGAAACAAUUAAGUUUGGAUUAGUUCAAGUAGUAUAUGAAUUGGCAAGAGGAAUGUUAAUGGGAAAUAUAGAAUUAUGUGCUAAAAUGGAUAAAGCUCGAAGUUUGAUAAAACGUGAUAUUGUAUUUGCAACUAGCUUGUUUUUCAUAAGAUGGAAAAAUAAUUCAAGCACAAUAAUAGAAUUUAAUUCUCUUUUAGCAGAACUUUACCCAUCAGGAUAUACUUUCAAAGAACAUGAACUUAGAGCAUGGAGAGCAAUGCUUAAAGCAGCUGGUUGCCAUAAUGUAACUCCAUUUGAAGAUGAUGAAUCUAAGUAUCAAUUUUGGAGUUGUUCACUAAAUACAUUACAAGAUCAACAAAUACUUUCUCAGUUGUAUUCUCUGGGGUUUCUGUCACCAACACCAAUACAUAAAAAAACUCCAAUAGAUGAAGAGCAUAUAAGCAAAAGUUUUUGGUAA